AUGUCUUCGAUUCUUUUCUCACCCACUCUCACCGCUUCUACCAACAACGACGAUAUCGACAUGACCAAUAAUCUCCUUCAAAACAAAGGAAUGGACAACUUUGAGUCUCUUUUCAACUUCGAAGAAUUCGAAUCUUCCGGUGAAACCAGCUCUCAUUCUCAUUCACCCAUUACUGCCUCGCCCAAUUAUACACCUUCGCCACUUUCUUUCCCUUCUGGCGAAGAACCAAUCGCAUUCAACCCUACCGAAUUUGACUUGUUCGGAGGUGAUGCUAGUAUGGAGUUCCCACUCGACUUCUCAUUUGGUACCGAGCCUAAAUCAGCUUCAGUUCAACAAGAAGUCGUACAAGUCAAGCAAGAACCGGUCGAAUUUAUUUUCCCCUCAACAUCCAAUUCGCAAUCACCAAUAACCCAAUCUAGGCCAAUGCCAGUCCCCCAACCUCUCCUUCAACAAGAGAGCACAAACACUGUCGAUACCUUCGCUGGUCUACCAGCCGAUCAACAAAAUGCUCUUCAGCAGCUCAUGUUCAACCUCCUCAACUACCAGCAGACAUAUGGUAUCGAUCUUCCUGUUCCUACCCCUGAGAUUGCUCCCGCUCCUGUUGCUCCCGAAACUGUUCAACCAUCAAUGAUCUUCUCCAACAAUCCACCAGUUACAUUGCCGACUCAGGCGCCUGCCGCUCCUUCCCAGCCCUCUCCAGUAAAACAGUCAAAUACUUCCACGCCCGCUGACUCCGACGAACCUCUUCGGUCCAUCGAGGAUCACGAAAUGGAUUCUGCUGGCACCAGUCGAUCUGCUCGACAAGAUUCAGUCUCCAGCUCCGUUGUUGGUGACAUUGAUUCUAAGAUCGAUCGACUCGUCCCACUCAACACCAUCUUUUCUGCCGGUAAAGGAAAAGGCGGUAAGAAAGGUGGUGGAAUGUCAUCAGUCGUCCGAAAUGAUGAUGAGGAUAUCGACGAUGAUGAAUCGUGGAGACCUUCCCCUGAGGAAUACAAGAAACUUUCCUCCAAAGAAAAGAGGCAAUUACGAAACAAGCUUAGUGCUCGGGCGUUCAGAACAAGAAGAAAGGACUAUAUUGGAACACUCGAAUGUCACAUCCAGGACCGAGAUAGUGUCAUCGAUGAAAUGAGAUCAGAGUUGGUGAAUUUCCGAUCGGAAAACCAGGAUUUGAAACGCGAAUUAGCUGCCUUGAAAGCUAGCACAAUGAGUAUCCUGCAUCCGGAAACUGCCAACAAAACAAGCGUUUCUCCUGCUAUGAUGAAUGCUUUGGCGAUGUCACCGGCUCUCGCUUCCCCCCCAAUCAACGCUACUGCCGGUCCGGGUCCCAACACUAUACGCCGAACCAAUUCGUCAUUCAACGCAUACAAUCCUCGAAAGGAUCUGCCUUCUUCUCUCAAGGGUUCUUGGGGAGGAAACGACAACAUGUUCGGAGGCGGAUCGACCAUCUGUCACACAAUGUUCACUCCCGAUCUUGUCCUACCUUCUUCCUCUCCAUCCGCUUCUACGCCUGCACCUCUGCGCUCCUUCGCCGACCUACCUCGUGUCAACAUGAACCCUCAUCUCAACGAAGAGACCCCAACUCCUCGAGGACCCGCACUUGCCGGUCUUGGCAAUGGAUCUGACACGUCCCGAACAUUUGCAUCCUGGUCGGAGGAAACACCAUUCUCACUACGCUCAAUGGAUUCUUAUCGAAUGCAAAUGUGGUCCCGACUCGCUAGAGAAGCAGCAGCGGACAAAGCCAACCUCACAGGCGACAUGCGACCCAAAUUCUUCGUCGAAGUCAAAGACAAAGAAGAACAAAUCUCUCCUGCAGCAGCUGCAAUUGCUGCAGCCGCUUCUACUCAUAUCUCAACGAAACUGGCAAGUUCAUUCUUCUCCGCUUUCCAAGGUAAUGGAUCGAAACUCGAUUCAGAUAAACUGGCAGCUGUCGUCACUGGCCAAGCGAAACUCAAAGUGGUCCCUGCCGACUUUGAACUAUCCUCUAUAUCUACAGCAACCCCAGCUCAAUCUACAGAGAGCAAUGAAGAUUGUCUAUCAAUGUUAUUGGGUGGACUGAAGCUUCAAGUCGGACCUGGAUCAUGUACAUCAAGAGCAUCUUCGGCUUUGGGAGCAAGAGAGAACCCAUUAGGAACACUUUGUGGUUUCCUUAGACACGCAUCAAUGCCAACUAGAGCUUAA